CAAACACACACUCACGGCAUGGCAUCACGUCAAGGAGUUCUAGCUCUUCUCACCACGCUGCUUCUGCUGCCCACAGGAUCCCACUCUCAGCUGGAUGUGUGUGGUCAACCCCCCCUCAACACCCGCAUAGUCGGGGGUGAGGAUGCUCCAUCAGGGGCGUGGCCAUGGCAGGCCAGCCUGCAUCGCGGUGGCCACUUCUGUGGAGGAUCCCUCAUCAACAGCCAAUGGGUGCUGACCGCCGCCCACUGCUUCAGCAGCACCUCCACCUCAGGCCUGACGGUCUACCUCGGUCGACAGAGUCAAGAGGGCAGCAACCCCAACGAGGUUUCCAGGACUGUUUCUCAGAUCAUCAGGCACCCUGAUUACAAUAGCGACACCAAUGAUAACGACAUCGCCCUCCUCCGCCUCUCAUCCUCCGUCACCUUCACCAACUUCAUCCGGCCCGUCUGCUUGGCUGCUGACGGCAGUUCCUUCCACAGGGGCACCAGCAGCUGGGUCACUGGUUGGGGCACCCUCGAGUUUGGAGGUUCCUCACCAUCGAACCUUCAGGAAGUAGAAGUGCCUGUCACAGGAAACAGGAACUGCUUCUGCAAAUACCGUGUAGAGAGCAUCACCAUCACUGACAACAUGAUCUGUGCUGGACUGGAUGCGGGCGGGAAAGACUCCUGUCAGGGUGACUCAGGUGGUCCAAUUGUAAGCAAGCAGGGGGACAGGUGGAUCCAAUCUGGCAUCGUAAGUUUCGGUAUCGGCUGUGCUUUGGCUGAUUUCCCCGGAGUCUACGCACGCGUGUCUCGCUACCAGAGCUGGAUCAACACUCAGAUCACCAGCAACCAGCCGGGAUUCGUCACCUUCACCUCCAGUGGCACUGACAGUGACCUGACUGCCACCUGCUCUGGCCUACCUGACGUAACCACGACAACCACUACAACCACCACAACCACCACAACCACACCCGCCACCACUACACCACCACCUGUGCUGUGUGGUCGGGCCGCUCUGAACACUCGUCUGAUUGGUGGAUCUGACGUAACGGAGGGGGCGUGGCCAUGGAUGGCCAGUCUACACCUGAACGGAACGUUCGUGUGUGGAGGGACGCUGGUCUCUGAAACACUCGUCCUCACCUCCGCAAACUGCAUCUCCCGCUCUUCCACGCCUUCUGAUUGGACGGUGUUCCUGGGCCGCCACAGACAAAACGGCACCAACGCCAAUGAGGUGUCAGUGAGCGUGUCCAGCAUCAGCUCGAGCACCCUAUCAGGCGACAAUGUGGCCAUGCUGACGCUUAGUUCUGCGCCCACCCUAACCAACUUCAUCCAUCCGAUCUGUGUGGAGCGAGACGGAGGCUCUGUUGCCGCGGGAACCACCUGCUAUAUCACUGGCUGGGGCAACCCUCAGGCCUCUGGUGAGCAGCCGCUUCGAGAAGUGACCAAGACAGUGGUGGACUGUGGCAAUGCCUCUACCUCCUCUGGAGCUAUCUGUACCAACACACAGCAGUUUGAUGCGGAGCAUACGGGAAGCCCUCUGCAGUGCAAACAGGGUGACGUGUGGUUCCAAUACUCCGUGGUUGCCGUCAGCAACAGCGACACCUCCUCCAACUCCACUUCCUCCAGUUCCAAUUCCACCUCCUCCAACUCCACCUCCAGGAACCUCGGCGAAUCACAUCGCUCCACUGUGCAGGUCUUCACGCGGACGUCAGAGUUCAGUUCCUUCCUUGGGACUUUCACGUUCCCGAGCGCCACAGCUGCUACUACGACCACCACCACCACCACACCUGGAGCCAACAGCGGGGGGCACUCUACCAUCACUACCCUCCCUCUCCUCCUCCUCCCUCUCCUCAUCUUCAUCAGCCUGCAUCCCUCUGUCCUCUGAUCUCUCUUCUCCAUUCCUUUCCUCUCCCCUCCUCUCCUCUUAUCCUCCUCCUCCUUCUCACCAUCAUCACCCUGCAUUCCUCCCUUCUC